UUGGGGGUCAUUCCAUGGGUCGACACCUCGCGAAACCGCCGCCAUGGGUCGACGCGAUGUCCGGGUGGCCAGCACCGUCCGGGUGCUGGCCGUCCUCGUCCUCGCGGGGCAAUGUGGUGCAGAGAAAGCCUGGACAAUGGCCCUGCAACUCUGUGCUGCGGAGGUUUGCCAUGAGAACCAAGUGGAGGAAAACGACACCUCUGCGGCCCUCUGUGCUGCGAUCCCGGUGGCGUCGCUCUUCGGCGGGGCGGGGCGCAGCACCCUCUUCGGGCGCACGCUCUGGUGCGCGGCGAUGUUGUCCACAGGGCCGGUUCUGGACCUCUACAGCGGGCUGGGCGACAGCAGCGCUUUGUUGGUCCAUGCACUUGCCCAGCGUGAGCACCGUGAGGGAGGCUCCCGCAGCCUGGUGAGCUUUGAGCGAGAUUUGGAGAGGCUGUCCUUUGUGGCUCACCGACUGCAGCAACAGGGCACGGCAGUGCAGCUCAUCAAACCGAUCCGCUCGGAGCAGGAGAUCCAGGCGAUCUUCCAGCGGCAAUCCAGGGAGGUGUCCGCCCUUUUGAUCGCAGGCAGCACGCGUGAUCUGGUCAGAGGUGAAGAUGGUGAGCGGGAACUGCUGGAAGUGAUCUCUACGCAGAUGGCCAAAUCCCCUCCUGGACUCCUCUUCUUGGACCCUGACGUGGAGACCUCCGCGGAGGAUUUCGCGCGCGACUGGCGGAGCUUGGAGGCGAUGAAGCCGCAGCUGGUGGCCAUUUACAACACCAACCUCCCAGGUGGUGCCGGAUGGAUCUUAAACCGCUUGUUGGCGCUCGGCACCUACGAGGAGAUCGCCGCCGGCAGCAACGACGGCGGCGCCGGCGAGCGCGACCCGCUGCGGCAGCUCCGCGCCUGGUCGCUGCUGCUGCGGCGCGACGCGCCCGGCGUCGGGGCACCUCCUCGGUGGAGUCCAGGCCUUCCCACCGCCGACCCACCGACAGCGGCCAGCGACCAGCGGGUCUCCCCUACGGUGAGGAUGGUGGGCGACGAAGCCAAGGAGUGGAUCGCUGAACACCUGAAGCAAGGUUGGUCCUGGCAGAACACCACCUUCCGCGCUGUGGGCGGGGGCGAAGUCCUGCGCAUCCACCGUACCGUGGGCGAGAUCGUCCCAGUGGAGGUUCAACGCCCCACCGAAGAGUUGUUGAAGCCGCCCACGGCGGACACGAAUCCACGGCGCUGCCUGGCCGACUUCGACCCGCUCGUGGCCGCGCGGCAGCUCCGGGUGCCCUGCUUCCUCAGCUGCGAGGGGCCCGGCUUCGACGAGCGCUGGGGUGCUUUCCGGCGCAAGGUCCUGCAAAAUGCCCAGCAGGGCUAUGCUUUAGAUGAAGAUCUCCUACUAGAGGCAGUGGCUCGAAAUCGAGGCAUCGUCGAGAACGACGAGAUCUUGAUCCACGGCCGCUCCCGCUUCGUCUCGCGCCUGCGACACGAAUACACCCACGAUUCGCAUUUGGAGGGCUUCUGCCUCUUUGGCAUCACUGCAGCAGCCUUCAUCAAAGGCCGACACAUGCUGGGCAUGGAGCCAGUGGAAGUUCAAACGCACGGGAAACGCUUCUUCCCUCCACGCCUUGGCUUGGGCGAGAUGGAUGUGGCCUACACCAUGGUCACGGAUUCCGACAGCACUGGUGGCAUUGAGUUCAGCUUCCUCGAGAACUCCGGCUGGGCAGUCUCCUUGGAAGAUAUCAUCACCAACUUGGCCAUGCAAAAGUCUCACUUGGGCGCUCCCUUUGAGCUCUACGAGAGGACGUGGCCGCCCUUGGAUCUGCAACCCGCGGGCCUCAUGGCCGUGGAGGACUCUGGACGUCCGGACGAGAGAGGAGAGCUGCGAGAGCUGCGGAUUUGCGGCCUCGGGGACCACCUCACUGCCACCUUCGACGCGGUCUUGAUGGCCGAGCAGGCUUUGGGCGACCUGGAAACGCACCGAGUGGCUUUGACGGUACAUCGGCGCUUCUUGGGACGCUACUGUCCAAAGCAUGCCACUCAGGGCCAUCAAUGUCGUCAGCGUUGUGAACUCUUAGGGAGCUGUGAGGAGAACGAGGACAAUGAUCCGGUCGCAAGGUGGCUGGAUGGUGUGAUCCAUCCCGUCACUUUGGAAGAGCUACCCUUCGAUCUACCGGAACGACAGCAACGCUUGGCGGAGGUUCUAUUGGAUCUUCGGAUUCAGGAAGCCGAUUUACUGGUCUGUUCCCACCCAACCUUGUUGUGCAUGAUCUUGGCCACCUUGAGUCCAAGACCGCCCUUGUUUGUGCAUGCCUCCUCGACUUUGCUUUAUGGCCUCCGGUGUAACGAUUGCACCGAAGGGUCAGGCAACUUGAGGCACUUUGGACAGUCUCAGGUAGCUCAGAGCUACCUCAUGGCCGUCCGCAUGUUGCUGCUGGGCAGGGAGCAAUUGAGCUUUCUGGCGGAGGGGCGUUUUCUGGCAGAGCAGAUCCACUACCAGGUCGGUGUUCGUGUCUCCUGGGCUCCGCCCUUGGCGCUCUACACGCCGGGAGCAGCACUGAGCAGCACCCGAAGUGGUACACGUCGGGCGGUGGUCUUGAGAUCCAGGUUCUUCGUGUCAUUGAUGGGCGAGCUGCUUCGCUCCUUGUUGCGAGAGGUGGUGGCCCUGAACGUGGAGCAAUAUCCCUUGGAGGUGAUCUUCUUGGGAAAGGACAAGCAGUUUGAGGAGCAGUGGCUCUCGCUGAAACAGCUGGCGGACUUUGAUUUGGCCAUUCUUUGGCCCAACGACCUGCAUCAGCGCACCUUCCACGAGGUGUACCGCAUGGCGAUGCCACUGCUGAUGCCGGAUGCCGAAGGUCUUUUUCGUGCACAGAAGAUGUGCAACUGGGGCUAUGCCUCCUAUGGCGCACGGCUCGCGCAACUGCCUGAGUCGACCCAUCCCUUCGAGCCUUGGUGGAACAGUUGGAGCUCUUCACCACAACUGGUCAGCUACUGGGAGCGUUUCAGUGACUGGCAGCAGAUGCCCCACGUGCAGCGCUUUGCCAGCUUACCGGGACUCGUGGUGCUCAGCUUGCAGCUGGAUUUGGAGCAGAUCACUGCAGAGAUGUCUGACUUCCACCGUCGCUUGUGCGAGCAGACCCUGGGUCUGGUGUCAAAGCAGCUUUCGCCCUUUCUACCCUUUGCGAAAAGAGACCCUUCCGGAAGUCGCUGGCUCAAUGUCUUUCCGAUCCCUACAUCUAUGAGUCCAGCGCCAGUGCCACCCACCAGGAGCUCCAUGAAGGAGAGCCUCUCGGUGCUCCAACGUGAAGUCGCCUAUUCCCGGAAGGUGCAGCGCCAGCAUCGGCAUCGCUUCGAAGAUACCUCCAGCAAGGCGCCACUCUACAAGGGCACCCUCUUCAAGCUCAAUACCGAUGGGAACGCGGAUGAACCCGCUCACUGGCUCAAGCGUGACAUGUGGGUGGCCUGCGAUGGCUCCUUGUGCUAUUUCAGCAUCAAAGAGAACAAGCGCUUGGUGCUCUUGGACGGAGUCAAGCUCGCCGGCGCCAAGGACGACCAUGAGCAGGACAUUUGCAUGUGCUUCUCCGCGGAGUCGGAGGCGGAAUAUCAGCUCCUUGACCCUGAAGGUCUGACCAAACGCUGUGGCUGCGACACGAGGAAGUGGCGUUCCUUGCUCUCCCAAGCGACCAACCUAGAUGGCGCCAUGCAGACCAUCCGCCUGGGCGGUGUGGUCGCUGACGAGCUCAAGCAGUUCAGGCUGGCCGUGAAGAACCGCCGUAUGAAGGUGGGCGAAGACACCAAGGACGGCCGGAACGUCCGUGGACCCGCAGGGGACCAGUUCGCUCCCGUCUUCAAGGCGAAGCUCUGGAAGGUCAAAGCCGAAGGAGAUCGUAAGAAGGCGGAGGAUUGGUUCGAGCGCGAGAUGUGGAUUGCCAAGAACGGCUCCUUGGUGUACUGGAGCAAGAAGGAAGACCGAGAGUUGGUCUACUACACCGCGGACGACAUUGCAAACGCGAAGUUCAUCUUCUUGGAGAAGGACGACGCGACCCAUCCGUGGGCCUUUCAAGUGCAGCUGGCGCCCAACAGUGGUGUCGAGUUUGCUCCCGGAGAGUUCGCCGCCGAGUCCGAGGCCUUGCGCGACCGUACCUUGGACGGUCGACCGUUACCCGGGGGGCACCUCAAAGGGUGGAGAAAGGGUCCAGGGUGUGACUGCGGAAGGCGGGUCCAAGAGGAAGCGAUUUGGCCUGAGCUGGCAACUGACUUGGAACUCUGA